GGUACAGAAAAGUAUCCUAGAGAAAAUGAAUACUCCGAGUAUCUGUCAAAACACAGUGGUUACGGCAAUGCUUAUACUGGAUUAAAUAACACCAAUUAUUACUUUGAGGUUGAUUAUAGGCAUUUAGAGGGAGCACUUGAUAGGUUUGCGCAGUUUUUCAUAGCACCUCUCUUUGAUUCAAGUUGCACUGACAGAGAGAUAAAUGCAGUAGAUUCUGAAAAUAAAAAGAAUCAACGAAAUGAUGGACGGAGGAUAUAUCAACUCGAGAAAAGCGUGUUGUCAAAUCCGGUUCAUCCGUACAGUCAAUUUGGUACCGGAAAUCUGAUUUCCUUAAGAGAAAAUCCACUUAAGGAAGGACUCGAUAUUAGGGAUGAACUCAUUCGGUGGCAUGAUAAGCAUUACACAGCUAAUUAUAUGAAAUUAGUUGUGCUUGGGCGUGAUUCAUUGGAUCAGUUGACACAAUGG